AUGUCUGAAGUGAUCCCUAAAGGUUCUAAGGAUAUUUGUGAGGACAUUUCUGAUCACGUUGAACAAAUCCAUGCCCUCCUUGAGACCGAGUUCUCCCUGAAGCUGCUGUCCUACUCUGUCAAUGUGAUCGUGGACAUUCACGCAGUGCAGCUCCUCUGGCACCAGCUUCGGGUCUCUGUGCUAGUUCUGCGAGAGCGCAUUCUGCAAGGGCUGCAGGACGCCAAUGGCAACUACACCAGGCAGACGGACAUUCUGCAAGCUUUCUCUGAAGAGACAGAGGAGGGCCGACUUGAUUCUCUAACAGAAGUGGAUGACUCGGGACAGUUAACCAUCAAAUGUUCUCAAAAUUACUUGUCUCUGGAUUGUGGUAUUACUGCAUUUGAACUAUCUGACUACAGUCCAAGUGAGGAUUUGCUGGGUGGCCUGAGCGACAUGACUUCUAGCCAGGUCAAAACCAAACCCUUUGACUCUUGGAAAUAUAGUGAGAUGGAAAAAGAGUUCCCUGAGCUUAUCCGGAGCGUUGGGUUGCUCACAGUAGCUGCUGACUCCAUCCCUUCAAACUGCAGUGAAGCAGUCAGUGAGGAGCCAUCUCAAGUGUCUCCUUCAGCAAAGGAAAAGGGUGCAUGUGGGGAAAACGUAGCUUUUGCAGACAAAGAGCAAUCAGACUUACCACCAGGGCCGUCAUCUUCAGGGGACAUUCUGGCAAAUGCUGUUCAUCACUCUUCUGACAAUGCAAAGCAAGAAGCUAGUUCCUCCCUGCAUCUUGGUGCACAGAAUCAACCGCCUCUUCCGGGUGAAAAUACAACCCCUAAGCGAUCCAUCAGAGAUUGCUUUAAUUAUAACGAGGAUUCUCCCACACAGCCCACAUUGCCAAAAAGAGGGCUUUUCCUUAAAGAAGAAACUUUUAAGAACAUUCUGAAAGGCAAUGGUGGCAAGAAGUGCAUGGUUGAUCUGAAGCCUGAGAUGAGCAGGAGCACUCCCUCACUGGUGGACCCUCCUGACAGAUCUAAGCUCUGUCUGGUGUUACAGUCUUCUUACCCCAACAGUCCAUCUGCUGCCAGCCAGUCCUAUGAGUGUUUGCACAAGGUGGGUAUUGGGAAUAUUGAAAAUAUAGUUAGAAGUCACAUUAAAGAAAUAUCUUCUAGCUUGGGAAGGCUUAAUGACUGCCAUAAAGAGAAACCUCGACUGAAAAAGCUACACAAGACCUCGCAAGAAGUGCCCGCAGGCCAACCAACUGAUCUAGGAGCUGGUUCAGGCAAACAGGAUGAAAACAUGAGAUGCUCAGUGAUGCUGAAUGGAAAGGCUUCCAGUGCUCCUAAGGUCACAGAAGGGCCAGAAAUGGAUUCUGCUUCCACAUCCUCAGCUGAGCUGUGCAGUCAGAGACAUUGGGAUGCCAAAGUGCCAGUGCAGUCAGAAGCAUCCAGUUCACCACCUUUCACUCAGAGUAGUGAAUCCUCUGUUGGCUCAGACGAUACCAUGUCGCCAGUACCUCUUUCCAAACAUGAAAGCAAAAAUGGCUGUUCCACCUCCUCUCCAAGUCAUGUUGCCAAGAAUGGUCAGGUUGUGGAGGCCUGGUAUGGUUCUGAUGAAUACCUAGCGCUGCCAUCCCACCUUAAACAGUCAGAAGUCUUAGCUUUGAAGUUGGAAAAUCUAACAAAGCUUCUGCCUCAAAAACCUAGAGGGGAAAUCAUUCAGAAUAUUGAUGACUGGGAACUCUCGGAAAUGAAUUCAGACUCUGAGAUCUAUCCAACAUACCACAUCAAGAAAAAACAUACACGGCUAGGCAGAAUGUCCCCAAGCUCGUCUAGUGACAUAGCUUCUUCUCUGGGAGAAAGCAUUGAAUCUGGGCCCCUCAGUGACAUUCUUUCUGAUGAAGAGUUGUUUAUGCCUCUCUCUGGCAUGAAAAAAUACAUCGACGAGAAAGCAGAAAAAGCUUCAUCCUCUGAGAAAAAUGAAAGUCAUUCUGUUGCAAAAUCUGCUCUAAUCCAGAAACUAAUGCAAGAUAUUCAACACCAAGACAACUAUGAAGCCAUAUGGAAAAAAAUUGAGGGGUUUGUAACCAAGCUGGACGAGUUCAUUCAGUGGUUAAAUGAAGCCAUGGAAACCACUGAGAACUGGACUCCUCCCAAAGCAGAGACGGAUGGCCUUAAACUAUACCUGGAGACACACUUGAGUUUUAAGUUGAAUGUAGACAGUCAUUGUGCUCUCAAGGAAGCUGUGGAGGAGGAAGGACACCAACUUCUUGAGCUUAUUGCAUCCCACAAAGCAGGACUGAAGGACAUGCUGAAGAUGAUUGCAAGUCAAUGGAAAGAGCUGCAGAGGCAAAUCAAACGGCAACACAGCUGGAUUCUCAGAGCCUUGGAUACCAUCAAAGCCAAGAUACUGGCUACUGAUGUGUCUGUGGAGGAUGAGGAAGGGACUGGAAGCCCCAAGGCUGAGGUUCAACUAUGCUACCUGGAAGCACAAAGAGAUGCUGUUGAGCAGAUGUCCCUCAAGCUGUACAGUGAGCAGUAUACCAGUAGCAGCAAGAGAAAAGAAGAGUUUGCUGAUAUGUCAAAAGUUCAUUCAGUAGGAAGCAAUGGGCUUCUGGACUUUGAUUCAGAAUAUCAGGAGCUCUGGGAUUGGCUGAUUGACAUGGAGUCCCUUGUGAUGGACAGCCAUGACCUGAUGAUGUCAGAGGAGCAGCAGCAGCAUCUUUACAAGCGGUACAGUGUAGAAAUGUCCAUCAGACAUCUGAAAAAGACGGAGCUGCUUAGUAAGGUUGAAGUUUUGAAGAAAGGUGGCGUUUUACUACCAAAUGAUCUCCUUGAAAAAGUGGAUUCAAUUAAUGAAAAAUGGGAACUGCUUGGGAAAACCCUAAGAGAGAAGAUACAGGACACAAUGUCAGGGCACAGUGGAUCAGGUCCACGUGACCUGCUCUCUCCUGAAAGCGGAAGCCUGGUAAGGCAGCUGGAGGUCAGGAUCAAAGAACUGAAAGGGUGGCUAAGAGAUACAGAGCUUUUCAUCUUCAAUUCCUGUCUGAGACAAGAAAAGGAAGGAACAAUGAAUUCUGAGAAACAACUGCAAUACUUUAAGUCCCUCUGUCGUGAAAUCAAGCAGCGACGUCGAGGAGUAGCUUCCAUUCUGCGAUUGUGCCAGCAUCUUUUGGAUGACCGGGACACCUGUAAUCUAAAUGCAGACCACCAGCCCAUGCAGCUGAUCAUUGUAAAUCUCGAAAGAAGGUGGGAAGCCAUUGUCAUGCAAGCUGUCCAGUGGCAAACACGACUGCAAAAGAAGAUGGGAAAGGAAUCUGAGACAUUGAAUGUGAUCGAACCUGGUUUGAUGGACCUAAAUGGGAUGAGUGAGGAUGCCUUGGAAUGGGAUGAAACAGAUAUAAAUAACAAGUUAAUUAGUUUGAAUGAAGAAUUAAACGACCCAGAUCUAAAACUCCAGCCUGUCAUGCCUUCAUUGAAGCUUGAAGAGACAGGAAGUGAAGACCGUGGUUAUGAGGAGGAAGCAAGUGACCAUGGAGAAUCUCAUCAUACCUCAAACGUUGCUGCACCCUCCAGCCCACCCAUUUACCAAGUAUACAGCCUUCACAACAUUGAACUCUGUGAAGACAGCCAUAUGCCAUUUCUGAAGAACAAUCAAAAGUUCAUUGGCAUGACACAGAGUGGUGUUUUGACUAAGAGUCUCAGUAAAGACUCUUCGUUUUCAUCUACAAAAUCUUUGCCUGAUCUUUUAGGGGGCUCCAGUUUGGGGAAGCCCUGCCUGUGCCUCAGUAGAGACAUGAGCCAGAAUUCUGGCAGUGAGAGUGGAAUUGUCAGUGAAGGAGACACGGAAACAACUACCAACUCUGAACUGUGCUUGCUCAGUGUGGUAGAUGAGUCCCUGAGUAACCUUGCAACCAAACAUCUGGACCCAAAACUGGGGGUUGCAGUUAACAUGUUAAAGCAACAAGUUAAAGAUGAAGAGGAAUGCAUUAAGCUUCCAAAUAACUCUCAGUCAUCCAUCUCACCACUGGGUUGUAUAAAUGGAAAAGCUGGAGAUUUAAACAGUGUUACCAAACAUACCCCUGAUUGUUUGGGAGAAGAAUCACAAGGAAAACAUGAUGUGUUUACAUUUUAUGAUUACUCAUACCUCCAAGGCUCAAAACUCAAAUUACCAAUGAUAAUGAAACAGUCACAAAAUGGAAAGGCACAUGUGGAGGAUCCCCUUCCUCAUGGUUUUCACUUUGACAAAAAAUCCUGCAAAUCUAAACAUCAGACUUCAGAGCUACAACCAGAUGCUCCUCCCCACGAAAGGAUUUUGGCAAGUGCAUCCCAUGAAAUGGAUCGCAAUUCCUAUAAAAGUACCAAUAUAGAGAAGACAUUUGCCGGCAUUCAGAAUGCCAAACCACUCUGCCUUUUAUCUCGUAGUUCAUCGGUUGAGUCCCUCUCUCCAGGGGGUGAUUUAUUUGGAUUGGGCGUCUUUAAAAAUGGCAGUGACAACCUCCAGAGAAGUACUUCUUUAGAAAGUUGGUUGACAUCCUAUAAAAGCAAUGAAGAUCUUUUUAGCUGUCACAGCUCUGGGGACUUAAGUGUGAGCAGUGGCUCUGUUGGUGAACUGAGUAAAAGGACACUAGAUCUUCUGAAUCGUUUGGAGAAUAUCCAGAGCCCUUCGGAGCAAAAGAUAAAGAGAAGUGUCUCUGACAUCACUCUCCAAAGCAGUUCUCAAAAGAUGGCCUUUACUGGCCAGAUGUCAUUGGACAUAGCAUCUUCUAUCAAUGAAGAUUCAGCAGCAUCUCUUACAGAACUUAGUAGCAGUGAUGAGCUUUCUCUUUGCUCAGAGGAUAUUGUGUUGCACAAGAACAAGAUCCCGGAAUCAAACUCAUCCUUCAGGAAGCGCCUGAAUCGUUCGGUGGCUGAGGAAAGUGAUGUCAAUGUCAGCAUGAUCGUUAAUGUCUCCUGCACCUCUGCUUGCACUGAUGAUGAAGAUGACAGUGACCUGCUCUCCAGCUCUACACUCACGUUGACGGAAGAGGAACUGUGUAUUAAAGAUGAGGAUGAUGACUCCAGUAUUGCAACUGAUGAUGAAAUUUAUGAAGAAUGUAACUUGAUGUCAGGACUGGACUAUAUAAAGAAUGAAUUGCAGACCUGGAUUAGGCCAAAACUUUUCAUGACAAGAGAUAAGAAACGGUGCAACUUCAGCAAUAAUAUGAAGGGCAGUAAAGAUGGGAGCAGUACUGAGGUGACUAAGCCCUCUGAUACGCUCAACAUCGAGGCCCUUCUAAACAGCUCCAUAAAAUGUCUUUCCGAAAAUAAUGGAAAUGGUAAGAAUUCGUCCCAUACUCAUGAGUUUGAGACUAAAGGUGAAAAUAAGAAAAACAUUUUCAAAGUUAGUAAGGAUCCAUAUGUAGCAGACAUGGAAAAUGGCAAUGUUGAAAGUGUUCCAGAAAAGCAAAAGGCUAAACUGAAUGAGAAUUCAAAGACAUCAGAGAAUCUUGGUUCAAAUGAGGAAAAGAUUUCAGAAAGUGAGCAUUGUAUGUGUAAAACAUUUGUGGAUGGCUCAGAUGAUUCAAAUAUUGCUAGAAAGGAAUUUGUUCCAGAAAAUGCUAGACAUCUUCCAAAGAAAUGUCCAAAUCACCACCAUUUUGAAAAUCAAAGUGCUGAUUGCACUCCUAUUGAGAAGUCUUGCCCAGAAAUGGCUUUAGAAACCAGAGUUAACAGCAGACAAGACAGUGAUAUACGGAAAUCUUCAUCUAAUGAUGUGCCAAGUGUGGCUGGAAAAUCUGCUGGUUGCUGCCUAGCACUUGAACAAAAUGAAACAGAGGAAAAUGCUUCUAUCAGCGACAAUGCUUCCUGUUGUGACUGUGAACCAGAUGUUUUCCUUCAAAAAGAUGCUGAAGAUUGCUCAGUACAUGACUUUGUGAAGGAAAUCAUUGACAUGGCUUCAACAGCCCUAAAAAGCAAAUCUCAACCUGAAAAUGAGGUAGCUGCCCCCACUUCAUUAACUCAGAUCAAGGAGAAAGUGUUAGAACAUUCUCACCGGCCCAUCCAGCUAAGAAAGGGGGACUUUUAUUCCUACUUGUCUCUUUCAUCUCAUGACAGUGAUUGUGGGGAGGUUACCAGUUACAUAGAUGAGAAAAGCAAUACUCCAUUGCCGUUAGACACAACCGACUCGGGCUUAGAUGACAAAGAAGACAUUGAAUAUUUCUUUGAGGCCUGUGUUGAGGAUGAGCCUAAUGGAGAGGAACCCUGUUUCUCUAGUGCUUCUCCAAAGGAAGCUGCGGUUCCCAAUGAAGCUACUGGGUCAGCACAAGCAAUGGCAAGCUCUUCUAUGUUCAAUGAUAGUUCUCUCCUAGCUGAUGAUGCCCCUGUGGUGCCUCUUUCAAGACCUCCCCCUCAGGAAGAAGCUGACAUCAGAAGGGAAGUAGAUGAUUGGUCCCAGUCCUCCCAAGGCUGUGCAGAAUGCUCAAUAAUUACUCCUUCAGGGGUGGGGAGUGAAAAAGAAAGUUCAGGAAAUCCAGAUGUUUCAGGAAUGCCAGAACAUGACACUGCUUCAGCCAAAUCUAGUGUUCUUGACCUCUCCUUGAAGGCAAGUCAGCCAAAAGACAAGGUUGUGUUACAUCCCAGUCCCCAAGCUUUAACCUGUAAAGAAAAUCUUCUAAGCAUACAAGAAGAACAUCAUAAAAAUAUGCAUAGGUAGAAUGUAACACCCCUACAAGCAUGAAAAUCAUCUCAUUGAAAGAUAGCCUGGCUCUAACCUGGGGCUCCUGGCUGUAACCUCCAGCCCUGGACUGGUCUCUGAUUCCAUCAUGUUGUCACUGCCGUUCGUCCCAUUGACUUUCCUAAGAUGAAUCUUCCUUCUGAAUGCCGUUUGUCCACGUGGGCUUUGUGAUCUGGAUGUCUGCAAAUGGUUCUAUUUAGGUGAUCAUCUUUGAAGU